CAAUCAGGGAGGAUGGCAUGCCAGGAGGCAGAAACAAAAGCAUCGGACCUGUCCAGAUAUCAGAGGAAGAGAUUGAGAGAAUUAUGUCUGGGCAAGAAUUUGAGGGAGAGGCAAACAUGUCAUGGAGCAACAACGGAGACAGUGACCAUAGUUCCCCUGGAAAUGGAGUUUCUGAGAGCAACCAGCCUUCGCCCGUUUCUACUCCAUCUUCAAGGUCUGUGGAGCUGAAUGGAUUCACUGCACUCAGGGAUCAGUAUAUCGGGAUGCCGGUGUCCACGCACUAUCAGUACCUCCCGCACCUUUUUAGCUAUUCUGCUCACUCGGCUCUGAUGCCCCCCCAGCCGCGCAGCCUGGACCCCCAGUCGCACAGUCUCAUCAAUCAGCUGGUGUCAGCGGAGGACCUGGAGCCGCUGGGCACGCCGAUGCUCAUAGAGGACGGGUAUAAAGUGACUCAGGCAGAGCUGUUUGCGUUGUUGUGUCGUCUGGCGGAUGAAUUGCUUUUCAGGCAGAUUGCUUGGAUCAAGAAGCUGCCGUUCUUCUGCGAACUGUCCAUCAAGGACUAUACCUGCCUGCUCAGCUCCACAUGGCAGGAGCUGAUCCUGCUCUCCUCACUGACAGUUUACAGCAAGCAGAUCUUUGGUGACCUUGCGGACGUCACCUCCAAGUACUCUCCCUCUGACGAUGAGCUGCACAGAUUCAGUGAAGAGGGGAUGGAGGUGAUGGAGCGGUUGAUCUACCUCUUUCGCAAAUUUAACCAGUUGAAGGUCAGCAAUGAGGAGUACGCGUGCAUGAAAGCCAUUAACUUCCUAAAUCAAGACAUCAGGGGUCUCACUAACGCGUCCCAGCUGGAGCAGCUGAACAAGCGGUAUUGGUAUGUUUGCCAGGACUUCACCGAGUACAAAUACCCACACCAGCCAAACCGUUUUCCGGAUUUAAUGAUGUGUUUGCCAGAGAUACGAUAUAUCGCAGGAAAAAUGGUGAAUGUCCCCCUGGAGCAGCUGCCUCUCCUUUUUAAGGCCGUUCUACAUUCCUGCAAGACGAGCGUGAGCAAAGAGUGAGCCCGGCUCGCCCGGCCGGUGCCUUACGCUGUGCCUCAGGCAGGGAGCUGGCUCACCCCGGGAGAGGGGCCAACGUGAUCCGGGCAGGAGACGGGCGGCGGGCAGCCCUGCUGUUGUAGCAAGAAUCUUUUUUGUUUGUUUUUGUUUUUUUACUCUUUUUCCUAUAUAUUUAUUUCACGACAGAGUUGAAUGUAUGAUCUUCAACACGAUGCACAUGGUUCUGUAUGAAUGCAGCAGAUGCAUUCUCCAGCGGUUUACAGAAUGUGAAGAUGUUUAAUGUUACAGUGUUUGUUAGGGUUAGUUCUUUUGUACUGGGGGGCUGGGGACCGAGAUGACUAAGACUACCUCAAGGAGAAGAUGCUGUUCGCGCACUUGCUCUUUCCAUGAUUCGUAUCCGCAAGCGUUUGUCGUAGAGAGCAAACGGCCUCACCGCGUCGGCAGAGCUGUUAGAAUCCCAAAUGGGCAAAGAAUUUUGGAGAAGUGGGUGUUAGAGAAGUGCCAAGCUUUU